AUGCUGCUGGUCCUGGUCGUGCUGAUCCCCGUGCUCGUCAGCUCUGGCGGCCCCGACGGCCACUAUGAGAUGCUGGGCACCUGCCGAAUGGUGUGCGACCCCUACCCGGCUCGGGCCCCAGGCUCCACCACUGCCGCCCGCCCCGACGGUGAACCCCUGAGCGAGCACAGUGGCGCGCCCCCGCCCUCCACUCUGGUGCAGGGACCCCAGGGGAAGCCUGGCAGAGCUGGGAAGCCUGGACCCCCAGGACCCCCAGGAGAUCCUGGCCCCCCGGGCCCUGUGGGCCCCCCUGGGGACAAGGGUGAGCCCGGGAAACCAGGUCCCCCUGGCCUCCCGGGCCCUGGAGGCAACGGUGCCAUCAGCACCGCCACCUACACCACGGUGCCCCGGGUGGCCUUCUACGCUGGCCUGAAGAAUCCCCACGAGGGCUACGAGAUCCUCAAGUUCGACGACGUGGUCACCAACCUGGGGAACAACUACGACGCGGCCAGCGGCAAGUUCACGUGCAACAUCCCUGGCACCUACUUCUUCACCUACCACGUCCUGAUGCGAGGAGGGGAUGGCACCAGCAUGUGGGCAGAUCUCUGCAAGAACGGGCAGGUCCGGGCCAGCGCCAUCGCCCAGGACGCUGAUCAGAACUAUGACUAUGCCAGCAACAGCGUGAUUCUGCACCUGGAUGCUGGGGACGAGGUCUUCAUCAAGCUAGACGGCGGCAAGGCGCACGGCGGCAACAGUAACAAGUACAGCACCUUCUCCGGCUUCAUCAUCUACUCCGACUGA